CAAACAACUGCCCGAGCCGGCAUUCCCACAUUCAUACCCGGUGUAAAUCGGAACAUACCCGAAUUUCGGACCUGGACCUCGGCAUCUUGCUGGGGGUGGCAGCACUCAAACCUCCGACUCAACACCAACCCUCCGGACCAUGGAGCCCACAAAUAAGGGUCCCAAGGCUUGCACGACGUGUGCUAAGGCCAAGGCAAGGUGCAUACCUGCGCGGGACAGGGGCAGCAAGUGCCAGAGGUGCCAGAGGCUAAACAAGGAAUGCGUCUCGCAGCGGCCCGCCCCGCCCCGGGCCAAAAAGGCGCCCAAGAGGUCCAGGGUCGCCGAGCUGGAGAAGAGGCUGGACGAGCUGUCGUCGCAGUUUGCCGAUGGCGGCGUCGUCGCGCUGAAUCCGGGGCCCAGGCCGUCUGCACCGGCAUCAACAUCAUCGCCGACGACGGCCAAUCAUCUGUCAGGCACUGAGCGCCCUGGACAGCAGCAGCAGCAGAGGAAGACGAAGUGCGACAGAAUAGCCACCUUUGAGUAUCUCUUCCCGUCCCCCCGGUCGGAAAGCGCCGAGGCAUCGGGGUGGAGCUCCGAGGCCGGGUGCAACGACUGCGCUCCUGGCGGCGGUAGUGGUGGAGCCGAGGCGUCGUCGUCCUCGUCCUUGGCGGUCGACCAGCUGUGGCCCACUGCCCCCGAGGCCGAGGCGCUGCUGCUCCAGUACCACGACACGCACGCGCCCCUGACGCCGUUCGUGGUCAUCCCGCGGCAUCUGACGGCGGCGGAGCUGCGGCGGCAGAGGCCAUUCUUGUGGCGCGUGGUGAUGAUGGUGAGCUGCUUCUUUGACGGGCCGAGGCAGCACCGGCUGGGAAAGGAGGUGUUGGCUGAGUUGGCGAGUAAGGCGGUGCUGGACGGGAAUAAGAGCCUGGAGACGCUGCAGGGGCUGUUGCUGAUCAUAGGCUGGUUGAACUAUGCCUUGAGGAGUGCGCAGUUGACGAAUUUGCUGUUUCUUGCAAGGUCUGUCACUGUCAAUGCAAGCAGCCCCGGGCUUGUCUGUGGCGUCCCCAGCAAAGAGGCCGAGGUGAAAUGGGGCGAGCUGGAGUAUGUCCGAGCAUAUGUCGGCACAUACUACGUCAACGCCAUCGUCUUCAAUACAAACAAAAAAGCAGACGCCUUCAUGAACACUUCCCAACUGGACGCCUUCUGCAACCUCCUUUCCUCGCCGGGAGAAUAUCCCUCGGACUUGUACCUGGUCAAGCUCGUCAAAAUCCAGAUGCUGUCGCAGUCGAUUGCCAUGGCCACGACGUUUGAUCCUGCGCAGCCGCCGCCGAUGCAGCUGCCAUUGACAAUGGUGGUGCAUGAUUUUCAGGAGCAGAUCGAGGCGUAUAAGGCUUCUUUGCCGCCUCAUCUUGUCGACAAUGGAACCCUCCAGUGCCACCUCGCCAUAUCCCAGAUCCUCCUCGCCGACAUCUCCAUCUCGGACCCCCACUGCUCCGCCCUCGCCAUCUCCCACCAGGACCGCAUCCAGCUCCUCUGGUCCUGCCUGCACUCCCUGCGCCGCUUCUACACCGUCCACGGCAACAUCAAGUGCCACGAGAUCAAGGAAACCGAGCAGCGCCACUUCCUCGGCCUGACGGCGCUCGACCUCGCCUACGCCAUCGUCACCGGCAUCAAGAUGCUGCUCGUCCGCGUCCCCGGCUGGGACCCCCAGUCCAUCGUCUCCGAGCUGGGCAUCCGCGAGAUCGUCGACCAGGAGAUUGAGGCCGUUGCCGCCGUCGUGGCGAGGCGCAAGAGCGGCCGCUGGGAGGGAGAGGAGGACCCGCUGGGCAGGAUGCACAAGCUGUUGCAGUACGGGCGGGAUCUGAUCGACCUGCAGCUGCAGAAGCUCAGGAUGGAAGAGGGCGUGGGGAGCGGCGGGAGCGGCGGCGCGGACGCGGCGAGUGUGGCGACGCCGGCGGUUGCGAAUAAGGAGGGGGCCGGCGGGCAGCAGGGGUGGAUGAUGAUGGGGAUGGAGGACUUGGAUGAUGAUUUGUGGCAGAGCUUUAUGAAUGAGACGGCGUGGAGCUUGAGCGGGGAGCCGAUGAUGGCGGAUGCGUUUAAUGAUGUUGCUGUGUAAGAAUAGUAUGCAGGUGGACUGCUUGGGCUAUUGGCGUUUCUGUAUUUUAGCACGGCAUGGAUCACGGUAUAAUCAGAGUCCUCUCUCUUCUUUUCGUAUUCCUCUUCUCUAGCAAGUCUCGUUUCCUCCUUUUCCA